CCCCCCCCCCCCCCCCGUCAAUCAGAUCUCCCUGUCAAUCAGAAUCUGCUCUGCCUGCCUCUGUGCUGGGGGUCGGUUGAUUGACAGGUUUGAGCGAAGAAAAAGGCAACGAAAUAAAGCAACCACGGAAGAAGAACACACAGAGGGUUGGUUGGUGUGUCCACACACCACACGCACUCGUGGAUGCAUGUCAUGCCAUGCUGCCUAAAUAGAAAUAUAUUGAUAAAGAACCACACACACACACCCUCACCCGCUCUGCCUGUCACGUCACAUACAUACACACAGACACAACACAGCGGGCGGAGGCCGCAUCGGUGACCACAAGGCAGCGUAGCGUCUACAGGCCUUGAAAAAAAGACAGACUUCUCCCUUUCAGCCCCGUGACGACACACACUGCCCCGCGCCCACACCACCCAGGCCAGCCCCCCACUGCACCAGUCAGUCAACCAGAAACCGCCAGUUGCUUUACAAGACAAAGAUCUGCAUGAGCCCAGCCGCCGCGAGAGUGGCGAGGGACACGGCGACUGCCCAUGCGUUGGAUGCGGUACCCUCUUCGUCGGCCUCAGUGGGGGCCUCCCUGGGAGUUGCAGCAGGCUCAGUCACAUUGGCGUCCUCCGAAGGUGCGGGUGUGACCUCGGCCUGCUCCGCGACGGAGGGCGGCACCAGCACACCCUGCAGCAGAUGCACAUAGCCAUCCGUGCCCUGCUGCUCAGAGUCCAGCACCAGAGGGAAGCCGCCUGCAAACACCACACCCCAACAACACAGACAGACGCAUUUGAGGCGGCGCUUCUUGACAAGUGCAUCCUCGGUCUUGUAAGCAUAUAUCUCAACGUACCAACAGUGAGGUUAUCCCCGUCGACGACGAUGGGAAGCAUGGACCCCUCGAGUGUCUCGAGUUCGCCGCCGUCCUGUGCGGCCAGCUCCUGCGUGCCGAGUGCGCCCCUCACGACAUGGUACUGCAGCACUGCGGUGGCGAGUGCGUCGUCAGUGGCGAUCCUCUCGAAGGUGGCGGGGUCGACCUGUGUGAUGGCCUCGUCGGUCGGCGCGAACACCGUGUAGACCUCACCGGGCUCCAGGUAAUCCGCAAUCUCGUAGGUCUCCAGGAGGGCCUUGAGCUGCGUCGUUUGCUCCCCGUUCUCGAUGAUCGACAGAACGGUCUGCUGCAUCGGCGUGUCGCCGCCAGGAGCCUUGGCGUCCUUGGGCGACUCCUUGGGGGCGGCGGCGGCCUCCUCGUCGCCGGCCUCGAGAGCGGGAGCAGUGGUCGGGCCCUCACCCAGCGUGAUGCCGGGGGGCACCAGCACCGCAUCAAUCACGUGCACAACACCGUUCGACGCGGCAACGUCAGCCUGACGACACAACACAGAAACGUAUGCAUCUCGAGGGCUCUCUUUCGCUUGCUGUUGCACUGCACCCCACCCCUUCCCACCUGGACGACGGUAGCGGCCUCCUCUCCGUUGACUGUGACGACGUCGCCCUCCUUCCUGAUGACCAGUGAGUCGCCCUGCAGGCUCUCGACGGUCGUCUCGCCCUCGGGCAGGUCGGUUGCAAGGGCCACCGACUGCACUACGUGGUAGAGCAGCACCUCGCGCAGCAGCGUGUUGUUGCUCACGAUGCUGUCCAGCACAGCCUCGGGCAGCGCGCUGAAGGCCUCAUCUGUCGGCGCGAAAAGCGUCAGCUCCGACUCGGUGUCGUUGAGGGACGACAGCAGGUCCGCACGCACCAACAGCGACUUAAGCAGACCGGCAACCUGUGGACACACAGACACGCAGCAAGCCGCAGAGUCACCAAGAUAUGCCCAGCACGUCAGAUCUGCAGCACAGGCCAUCCCCCCACCGCAGAAGAGUCGACAAUCUCCGCUAUCGUCUGUGUCUGCGCGAAGGCGCCAGCGGCGAGAAGAGCCACGGCAAGCAGAGAAGCGACAACCCUCAUUGUGGACGGGGGACUGCAGCCUUGAGACAGUUGCAGUCGGAGAGGUUGAUGCUAACGGUCAGCGGAGGAUCUGGUCAGGUACGUCUGCAGGGCGGGAGCCUGUGCUGCUGCUCGUCGUCUGCGAUGUACGGGGGCUGUCG